AUGUCGGAUGAAACGGCUAAAGCUCAAACAGCUAAACCAACUGCAGAUACGAUAUUCGGUAAAAUUGCACGUAAAGAAAUACCGGUAGAUUUUCUUUAUGAAGAUGAUCAAUGUGUUGCAUUCCAUGAUCAAAAUAAACAAGCUCCAACUCAUUUUCUUGUCAUACCAAAAGUACCUAUACAGCAAUUAUCACACUGUAAACAAUCGGAUGAACAACUUCUUGGUCAUUUGUUAGUUAUUGCUACUAAAGUAGCUAAAGAUCAAGGACUCGAUGAUAAUGGUUACCGAGUUGUCAUUAAUAAUGGAAAACAUGGUGGACAAUCCGUUUAUCAUUUACAUGUACAUGUUUUUGGUGGAAGACAAAUGGAAUGGCCUCCGGGUUAA